AUGGGGACGACGAACCUCCCCCUGGAGCCCGAGACCUCGGGAAGAGCCAGCCGGACAGCAGAGGGACUCUCCGUGCAUGAGGUGCCUCUGCCUGCCCGCCGCGCUCUCCGCACCUGGGCAGCGAGCCGGCCGGCGGCACUCCCUGGCAGCUGCCGGUGCCUUAAAGGGACGGGUGGAGACGCAGCUUGCCCGAGCAGCAGCCUCCCCGAUGAGAAUGCCGGGGGCGCAGCAGACCCACAGGGCUUUGCUGAGAGGGGUUGCCAGGAGGGAGGGGCCUGUCCCAGGGCAGGAGCCGGCGGGAGGCGUCGGCAACGGGAGAGGUGGAGGCGUGCGCGGCUGCCCGGUCUUUCCCCGCCUCGUCCGAAGGAAGGCGGCGAGAGACGCCCAAGGGAAGAGGGGCGGCAACCGACGGCGCGCAAGAGGCAGCGCUUGCAGGCUCGGCCCGCCUGGACAGAGGUGCGCGCAUGUUCGAUCGGCUGCCCGGUGGGGCGCUUUCACAGGCGAUGUGGGAACAGACCCGGGUUUGCCAUGGACUGUGCACUGACGCCGGUUCACACGGGCGUCUCCCUCUGGCAUCCCCGGACAACCCUUCGGCUGCAGCACAGGCCAUCCCAGCACCUUGCAGAGCCGUGUCAGGAGAGCGCCUGCAUGAUGCUGCUAGAUCCAAUAUAUCCAUUGCCGAACAGCUCAAGGUGACAUAGAAGAGACUGGUUCCCCUUAAAACAAAGUGGGCUGCCUUCAUCCUGAGUGAUCCAAUUUGUGUCCGUGAGAAUCGCUGUGAUCUGGCACUGCCUUUUGAAGUUACAAAACAAGAGUGCCGAAGAAACAAGAUCUUUUAACACUUGAAGCUCCUCUAACCUAUGUUUGGUGAUCUUGAGUGUGCAUUCUUGGGUAUAAAUGUCAGAAUCAUCUUGCUGGGCCAGACCAAGAUCCCAGUAACAUGCAGUCACCAGACAGUCCACUAGUGGACAAUGGUCUGACUUUCCCCAUCCUUGCUGGCUGCAGAACAAAGUCAAUGGGCAACAUCCAGGGUGACUGUAAGGAAAGAGGCGAUACUUGCACGGCACAAAUUCUAAGAUUACCAAGAGCCUCCCAUUACUAGGAUGUCCCUGCAUAUGUCCUUUUUACAUUUCCCUAGCUACAUAGGUGAGUACAAAUACAAUGAACUUCUGUGGGAAUGAGAUAAAAUUUCUAAACCUGGAAACACCACUGUGUAAUGUACAAAACCAGCCCUCCUCUCCUUCUUGGCAGUCUAGUCUCAAUCAAGAAGAAUUUCAGAAGGUAGCAGAAUGUCUGUUUGUAUCUGAAAUAGGCCAGUGCAUUAUGCUGCUUCAACCUGACACCACUCAGAUGUGUUGUAUUACAAUUCUUAUGCCCCCUCACCACCCAGGUUUGAGAAGCUCUUUACACACUCCUCAAGUUCCUUGUAGGCUUUCUCUCUACAGUUCCAACCAUUAUGAUGAUGGUGUCUCUCAGAAGUAAUAAUGACCAAUAUAUUCCCAAUCCCUAUGAGGAGUACUCCAGGCAUCCUGGAGGAAGAGCUCAGCAGUGCCUCUUGGGCUCAGGGGCAGGGGACAUCUUACAACACUCUGGACGUCUAGAAGGUCACAGGCCUGUCAGGCCUUUUUCCAAAAUCCCUUUUCUUAAUUUAAGACUUAGUUGAUUUAUUUUGUUUGUACCUUGCCUUUCUACCAUAAAAGGUGGCUUCCCACCACAAUAAAACUCAGUUAACAUAAUAAUCCAACAAAUGUAUUAAAACAUUAAUGAAAACAUAUCAGUAACCGGACAAAACACAGCCAGCCCAACAGGCCUGCUUAUACACCAAAGGACUGUUCAGAUAAAAAAAAAAAGGUCUUUGUCAGCUGGCAGAAGGAAACAGAAAGGCAGUGAGCCCAGCCUCCCUUGGCAAGGAGUUCCACAGCCUAGGAGUGGCCACUCUAAAUGCCCUCACUUGUGUUACCACCCAAAGUCCUCUGAGGGUGGCCUGUUUUGAAAAAUAGCUUCUCUAGAUGAUCUGAAGAGCCAGGCAGGCUCAUAGAGGGGAGGGUGGUCUUUCAGGCAGUGUGUUCUCCAGUUGUGUAGUAUGGAGCUAUGAGACAUAGCCGCUGCUUUGAAUUCUGCCCAGAAACAGACUGGUAGCCAGUGAAGCUGUUUUAAUAGGGGCGUCUCAGGCAAAAAACUGUGGCCACACCAUCCAGGGCCAGCUGAAGUGUCUGAAUACUUAUUUGAAGGUAGAGCCACAUAGAGUAGUACCUAGAGAUGAAGCCCUAAGGGACAUCGCAGGCAACAGCUAUGGCUUUGAACAGGAAUCCCCUAGCAUCAACUUUGCAAAUCACUCCCCCAAGAAAGAUUGGAGACACCACGUCACAGCACCUCCCAAUCCCUUUUCAGACGGACUUCUGAAGUCCACUGCCUUGUGUUUUGGUGCCUUUGUCUCCCUCCCAACUAAUGGGCACUCAAACUCCCAAAUUUGCUAUUAGGGGGAAUUAAUGCUAAGAGUACAAAGUUCUGUUUAGAGAAGCUCUCUCCUCCCCUGCUGUCCUGGAAGGCGAGCGAGCACCAGGGCAUCUCCAUGUCACAUCACCACAAGCAAUCAGGCCCUGGAUCAGGUGUGGGGUAUAUUAUAAACAUUUUCUCUUUCCUUUUGUCAACUGAAUUAGGGUGGGUGGGUAGGAGGAUUAACGUUUCUAAAAGGGACGAAUAAGCCAAACACUUUUAGCUAUGCCUCGUCUGAAUCAGGCCUAUUGACUUAACAAAUGCGCUGAAGAGUAACGGCUGAUGAAAGAAGCGGAUGAGUUUAGGGGGCAGCAGAAGGCGCUGCACUUGGACUGGCAUAAUGCUGAGCACACAACCUUGGCGAUGUUUUUCAGGGUUUUUUUUUUUUGACAAAUAAGAACUUGAAAACUAAUUUUGGCCAACAUUGGCAGUCCAAUUUUCUCAAAUAUGUACUCGUGCCAGAAUUUCCAGUUAUUAAGCUGCCAACAGCACUUGCUAGCCCCAGGGCCUCCAUCUGUCCAAGGGUGCAGCCAACUGCAGCGUUUUCCCAUGCAAGCCCCAUUGAAGCAAAUGAAUAUCAGAGGGGCUUCAGGUGUUGCGUGGAUUGUGUCACAGAACUGUUUGGGCACUAGGUGGCACUGGACAUGGUGGUAUCAGGAUGCCAUUUCCUGUUAGGGUUCGUUCUUUCUGUUCUUGUGAGAAAGUGAGACAAUAAAAUGGUUCCCACAAAAAGCUGCACAGGUGGAGAACUUCCUGGUGAAGUGUGCCCCAAAUUUGUUCUUGAAUAUUGAUUGCUUACAGUCCAGAAAUAACACUCAAGAGUUGCUGUUUUUUUUUUACCUUAAAAAUACAUAGAAACAGUUGAAACAAGGGGCUGAAAUGAAGAAGGGAUUCCAAUUUUCCAGUUUAAUUAAAGCAUUGCUCUGAGACAAAGACUUAUUUUAAAAUUAGCUUGCUUUUUAGAUAAUGUUCCCUAUUUUUGUGCUACUGGAAAAGAAAUGAAACACUGAAAAAUUGUAAAUUGAAUUGUUUUACAAUGCAUACACUGGUUGACAUCUCCUUAGGGUUUGUCGGACUUCUUCUCAGGUCUUCAGGAAAGCUUUGGCAACUCACCUGUUUUCAGUGGCCUUCAUGUGGAAUGGGGCCACCACCUUUUGGGACCUGUGGGCACAGGUGGCAUUUUGAAACAGUAGCUUAGGCACUAUCACAAGUGAGCUAU